UAAGAUUUUUGAGGACGAGAAGAUGGCGGAUGCUUCCAAUGGUUGUGGGGUAAAUGAGCUCGACUUACAGGAAACCCGGAAGAGAUUUGAGGUGUUAGACAAAAAGUAUAGAAAUUUGAAAGGGUUAUCUCAAAGAGCGGUUGUUGAAUUCGAAGCGUUGCAAAAAAAAUGUCAGGAUUACUUUGAAAAGUACAAGGAACAAGAAGGAAAAUAUUUAAAAGUCAAAGGGGAUCUAGAGAAACUGAAAGAAGUUUCUAAUCUUGCCUUGACUGAGUAUGAGAACUUGCAUGGCAAAUAUGAAGUGGAACAGAACUGUAGAAACAAGGCUGAGGAGUUUGCCACAAAUAUGGUUCAGGAAAAUAAAAAACUCAAGCGUCAGAGCCAACUACUCCUCUCUCAAGUUGCUGGAGAGGUGAACCCUCAGGAGGAGCUCUCUUCAAUUUCAAGUGAUGAUCAACCUUUGAGUGACAAUGCAGUUUUCCAAGAAGAAGUAAAAGAACUGCAGCUGAUGGUGGAGACCUUAAGAAAAGAGGUGAGAAGUACCCAAGCAGAACUGACUGCCUCACAAAAUGAGUUAAACAAUGAAAGGCAGUCCCAUGAGGCUACAAAGAGGAGAUUGAUGUCCAAUGAAAAACAGUACAAGCAACUGAACAGAGUUUCUGUAUUGGCCCUUGAGGAAUACAACACAUUGCAACAAAGAUACGCUCUUGAAACACAGUGUCGUGUUGAAGCUGAAAAGUAUGCUGCUGAGGUGUUAAGAGAAAAAGAUGUUUUGGAUCAGCAAAGGAAGUACAUAACUGAAACAACUAGCAAAGAUGAACAACUGAAGAAAGCUCUUGAGGAGAUCAGUACACUAAACAAAAAACUUGCUGAAGAAAGAGCUGAAGCGGAGGAGAAGAUAAAGGAUCUUCUUGAGGACAUGAAGACUUCUAAGGAUGAAGAAUAUAUCAAUGUUACUGAAGAAAAACUUCAGGUGGCCGAGGAGCAUAUCGAGUCCUUGGAACAACAACUGGCAGACACCGAGAAGAAAGUAACCGAGGCAAAUCAGAAAGUGUCUGAACUGGAGAAGAGUUUAGAGGAAGCAAAGAAACAGGCCACUGCCGCUGCCCUUUCCUCAUCACCUCCAGCGGCACCUCCUCCCCCUCCUCCCACACAACUUAUCAAGAAGUUCAUGAACAUUGUCGGAGCAAAAAAGAAGUCUUCCUUAAAACGGAACAAAGCUCCAAAGGAUCCAAUGGCUGUUGCCAUGUCUGAAAUGAUGCAGAGAAUCAAGAGUGGCAACAUACAGCUGAAACCCGUCAGAAUUCCUUCCAGUGGCAGCAGCGAGAGUGAUGACAUGGAUGCUAUGUCAGAUUUAGGAAAUCUACUGAAAACGUUAAAGAGAAAUCCAAGCGUUGAUGUUGGCCCAGGAAUAACUUCUCCUGGCGCUGACAAUGCACCAGUUGAAUGGGUGAAUAUUAAACUACGUAAGCCGAGCGCUAUUGUAGAGACUUCCAAGGGGACAUCGAGCUCAGGAGACACCGGAAAUAACAACAGUGAACUAAAGAAGGUGGUAUUGAGGAAACCACGCAGCCAUUCUGCGGGAGACAUUCUUGACGAAAGACCAAAGGACGAGGCUACGGCAGAGCUGAAAAGGAUUCUACAGAGACAAAAAGCUGCAGCUGAGAAAGAAAAUGCGGAACAAAAUGGUAAACGCGUAUGUGAAACUGGAGCGACUUGAAGGAUUCAGAAUCUGUAGGCUGAAAAUCGCAUUAUAAACAGAGGAGCACACUAUUCACUUGUUCUUGUUUUUAUAGAUGACCUUGUAUUUAAAUGUAGCUGUACAUCAUGGAGAAAAUUUUAAUAGAAUAGAGUAACAUUUCGUCAUUAAUGAAAAGAAAUAGUGGAUAGAAAACACUUCAUAUGUUGUUUUUGUAAUACUUCAUCGUUAAGGCUCGAUUUAAUAUCCGCUUUUUUUUCCCCUUAAAGUACGAUGGAUGACUGUGUGAUAAGCAAAGUACAGAAUAAGACGCAAACGUGUAUCGAUACUCAUGAAAAUAAUUUCAAAUGUUUUGGAAGUAAUCGAAGGCCUUAAUUUAUCGUGCCAAAAAAAAAAAAAACAACAACAACAACAGAAACAAAAGGAGGGAUAUGAAAAAGAAAGAGAAUUCGUAUCAACAGAAGAUUUCUUCAUCAGUGAGCAAGCAAUGCAAGUAAAUAAUGCACUGUGAGAGCGCAGAAUACCAGUAGCGGUAUCACGAUAACAUCGGCCUACUUAUUCUCCACUGUUCUCUCUACGUUUUCUUUGCGAAUGACAAGGAGAAUACUUUAAACGAUCAAGAACAUUUUAAGAUGGUAAUCAUUUCCUUAUUGAUUCAGUUGAGAUAUUGUAAGGAGAAAUGAAAUGAUUGUCGCUCUUACGGGUUCAGGGUUCAACAAUUUUUAAACUUUUUUCCCUUUGUUUGCCGUUUGUGCAGCUUUCUCAAAGAAAGGAAUAUUUUUUAGCAGCCUGUGAGCUAGUUAAUCCUAAUAUUACUUUGUUUAAAUGAAUUAUUUUGGUAUUGAUGUUCCAUUCUGAUAGAAUGAGGCAAUUUACAUAAACGGAGAAAGUCAAGAAAAUAUUAUCAAGUUAUUAAAUUUUUUUUUCACUCGUUUCGUAGAAGUAGACUUCCAGCAAAACUAAAUUUUUCUUUAAAAAGAGGCAAAAGGUUCCUCUCGCUGAGUUUUUGUUAUGUAGUAAUUCUACAUGUUAAUGCUUUUGAGGUCCUCAAGGAACUUACUUUGUGGAGUUUCACGUAACAGGGAACCGUCCUCGAGAAGUGCACCACACAUUAUUUAGUAAAAGGUUUCGGAGAAUACAUAUAUAUUUUUUAUAAAAAGAAAUGAUAUUAUGGAAUCAGAUUUGAAUACACUAGAAUAGAGCUGGUCUUGGUAUUAAAUCGAAUUUUCAAUUUUAAGACAAUUUUUGUGGCUACUGCCGCCUCGUAGGAGGCGAAGCAACAACCUCUAGCAGCAGUAUACUACCUAUUUUCAAUGGUAUAAAAAUUGCGCUAAAUUAGUAGCCACAUGCAGUCGUAAACUGCCUAUUUUUGAUCAGUCUUUUGUUGUGGUACACUAUGCAAGCUCUUAGUGAGAAACUAAUGUCUACUUCUAUGAUUUAUGUCGACACAGCUUUAGGACGUCAUUUGAUUUUAGUGUGCAUUUUGAUCUGGACAAAGUAGAUAGCUGCUGCUUGUCAAAGAAAACAAUCCUUUGUCUCAGGUCAAAGAUUCUAAACUUUCACGGCAGUUUUCGAUGUCCUAUUCUAUGAGUGUUUUCGGGAGAGGAGCACACAAGAAAUAAUUGAUACGUCCAUCUUUAUUUCGCACCUAUGCAACUCACUUUUAGAUAUAUUUAUACAGGAGCUGAGUUUUGUUUUGAAAUAAAUAUUCGUUGUCCUA